AUGUCGAACUUGCAACAAUCUUACAACGCUGGGCAGACCAGGGGCCAAGCUACUGAGAAGGCCGAGCAAUGGACAGAAUCUGCUAAGCAAACAGCACAGUCCACCAAAGAAUCUGCCCAGCACGGCCAAGAACAAGCUUCUGGUUUCAUCCAACAAACUGGAGAGUCAGUGAAGAACAUGGCCCAGGGUGCUGUCGAUGGUGUCAAGAACACUCUUGGUUACAAUGAGAAGAAAUGA